AGAGAGAGAGAGAGAGAGAGAGAGAGAGAGAGAGAGAUGGUGCACAACGCCUAUGAUUCUUUCCUGUUGCUUAAAAGUUGCCCGGCAAGGAUCGAAUGUGCCGCGUCCUAUGGUCCAAAGCUCUUCCUCGGAUGCAUCGAUGGCUCCAUGAGGAUCUGUGCUCCAGAAUCCUCUGCUUCGACGUCGGAGAAGUCUUCACCAUUUGAUCGAGAAAGGACUUCGAUCAUGCGAGAGCCCUAUGUCGUUGAGAACACUAUGGUCGGGUUCUGGAAGAAGCCAUUGGUUGCCAUGGAGGUCUCGGCGUCAAGGGAGCUCUUGAUUUCACUGUCUGAAUCUAUAGCCAUCCAUCGCGUCCCAAAUCUGGAGGCAGUCGCUUUUAUAGGAAAGGCCAAGGGGGCUAAUGUCUAUGCUUGGGAUGAUCGGAGGGGGUAUUUGUGCUUUGGAAGGCAGAAGCGCAUUGGCAUUUUUCGGUAUGAUGGGGGCAGGGAAUUUUCAGAGUUGAAGGAUUUUGCAGUUCCGGAUGUGGUGAAGUCAAUGGCUUGGUGUGGUGAAAAUAUAUGUUUAGGGAUUCGAAAGGAAUACAUAAUACUAAACAGCACAAACGGGGCACUCUCUGAUGUGUUUUCUUCGGGGAGGAUUGCACCACCUUUAGUUGUCCCUCUUCCUUCUGGGGAGCUUCUCUUGGGAAAGGUGAAUCUCAAUUUGUCCUCUGUUUUGAACUUUCUGUUUGAUUAUUUAAUGCAAACAGUUCCAAAAUAGAAUAGCCAGAACUGACUAGCAGAAACAGGAUCACCCAAAACAGAGAAACCGAACAACUUAGGGAGAGAAUCAAUA